GCGUGUUUUUUUUUUUUUUCUCUCUCUCUCUCUCUCUCUCUUUCUCUCUCUCCCUUCCUUCCUGGGCGGGGGAGGAGGAGUUAUAUUGCGGGGUCCUUCCUCGCUCAGCCUGGUUCCUCACGGAGCGGAGACGGCAAAUGGCGGACUUCGACACCUACGACGAUCGGGCCUACAGCAGCUUCGGCGGCGGGAGAGGGUCCCGAGGCAGUGCUGGUAGCCAUGGUUCCCGGAGCCAAAAGGAGCUGCCCACAGAGCCCCCCUACACAGCCUACGUAGGGAACCUACCUUUUAACACGGUUCAGGGAGACAUCGAUGCUAUCUUCAAGGAUCUCAGCAUACGGAGUGUACGGCUAGUCAGAGACAAAGACACAGACAAAUUUAAAGGGUUCUGCUAUGUAGAAUUUGAUGAGGUGGAUUCCCUGAAGGAGGCCCUGACAUACGAUGGUGCACUCUUGGGUGACCGGUCACUUCGAGUGGACAUUGCAGAAGGCAGAAAACAAGAUAAAGGCGGCUUUGGCUUCAGGAAAGGUGGACCUGAUGACAGAGGAAUGGGUGGCUCUCGAGAAUCUAGAGGUGGAUGGGAUUCCCGCGAUGACUUCAAUUCCGGCUACCGGGAUGACUUCUUAGGAGGCAGGGGUGGCAGUCGCCCUGGGGACCGGCGAGCAGGCCCUCCUAUGGGCAGUCGCUUCCGAGAUGGCCCUCCCAUGCGUGGUUCCAACAUGGACUUCAGAGAACCCACAGAAGAGGAGCGAGCACAGAGACCACGGCUGCAGCUUAAACCUCGGACAGUGGCAACACCCCUCAACCAAGUAGCCAACCCCAACUCCGCCAUCUUCGGGGGAGCCAGGCCCAGAGAGGAAGUGGUUCAGAAGGAGCAAGAAUGAGCCGGGGUUGGGAGGGGUGGGGCAUGGGGAGCUAGAGCAAGGCCAUGGCCCAGUGGCCCAGCCGUCCACCGUGCAGGCCCCAUUCCCGCGCCUGGCACCGUCCUCCUUUCUUUCAGCGGAAACACAGAGCUUGUGAGUGCAUGUCAGCUGUUAACAAGUGGUUUCUAGUACAUUCUUGGCUUUGCUGUAUCUAUCUAGUGCCUGUUUUGUGCUUUCUUUCUCCUUCCUUCCUUCCUUCCUUCCUUCCUUCCUUCCUUCCUUCCUUGCCCUCCUUCCUGUCCUCUCCUCGCUCCUCUGCACAGUGUCUGCAGGAGUGGUGGUGGACAGGACAGGACAGUGCCCAGCUGCUGCUCCUUCCUCCGCCGUCCUCUGCUUCCUCUUUUCUUUACGCUCCUGGCCGCACUGCGGGCCGGUGGCUGCUUCCUCUGCUUUUGCUCAGAGCUGCUUCACCUGCAUGUGGAGUUCUGUGUUGCUGCGGCUUCAGGGAGAGCCGGAGUCGCCAGCAAGGAGGCCGGUGGUGUCUUGUUUCCAUCCGGGAUGAGCGAGCGUGCAGAGUACCGGCCCUGCUGAUCCUUGCAAACUGCUGUCGGGGUGCUGGUGGGCAGUCCCCUGCUGUCGUGGCUUUGCUCUGGCUCCCUCUGCAGACUGCAAGUUUGUUCCUUGCUCUCCAGGGUCUUGGAGGCCCUGCGGGGUGCAGCCCGCUGCAGCUCAAUCUGUUUCCCGGGGCUGAGGCCUGCCGGAAGCAGGGGUGGUGCUGGAGCCGCAUCGGCAGCUGUGCCAAGUCUGCGGGGUCUCCCUCUGUCUGUCCUGUCUGUCUGUCCCUGGGGCACUGAGUAUGGGCGCCUUCUUCCCAGCACAUCCAAAGUCCAUAAGGAAAAUGGGCCUAGAAUCUGGCACUUUACCUGGUGAGGCGCUGGCUGUGCGCAGCUGCGGAGAGGUGAGGACGAGCCCGUGCCGCCGCCGCGCCCGCUGCCCUCCUCCCCCUCGGGGUGCUGGCCGCUCCCACCGGGAGUAAGGCUCAGGCCUCUGAGCUUGAACAGCUGUGUAGGAACCAAGUCCGUCUGUCCUGGUGGGAGCACUUGAGGGGCAGCCAGCCUCUAGAGCCCUAGGGAAAGACCCGACUGCAAGGCCCGCAGCUGUGCAGCUUGCUGAGGCGGCGCCUCCUCUCAGCCGGCAGCCCUGGCUCGAGCUUGUCUUUGUCACAAGGCCUCAGCAAUUCACAGAACUCUCGCUCCUUCCUUACGCCUGCCAUCUUCUCUGCUUCUGAGAUAAAGAACCAUUUGUGUAACACCAACACCUAACUUAAGACAGACAUGCCUUGCGUGGUCGUAAUCAAAGCUGACCUAGUACAUCUCCUAUGCGGAAAAGACAGAACACACAUCCACGUGCACUGCCGGGCGGCCAGGGGACGCAGUGUGAGAAUGGGAUUCCAAACACUUCACACAUUCAGUUCUACGACAGAAAGGGAUCUAUGGAUGUGGUAUUUUGUGAAUGACCUUUUAAAUAAAAGACAACCUUACAUAA